UAAAUUUUGGAGUUGGGCUAUUGCACGUUUCUGUAACCCAUUGGAGUCUGUGCUUCCAAUCCCCAAAUUCCACGAACGCCACAAAGCCAUCGCAGCGAUUCUGAAUGAAUCAGUUGUAACUAACAACAUCAAACGCCAUGGCAGAUGACUGUGCAUCAAACGACAGCACACCACUGCUGCAAACCCAGUAUGCGGAAUCGGAGCCGAAAAGAACAGGGACGGUGUGGACAGCAGUGGCGCACAUAGUGACAGGUGUCAUAGGCUCAGGAGUGCUCUCACUCGCAUGGAGCAUAGCCCAGCUUGGAUGGAUCGGAGGCCCUCUCGCAAUGCUUCUCUUCGCUUCCAUCACUCUUCUUUCCUCUUUUCUUCUCAGCAACACUUAUCGCUCCCCGGACCCUGAAUAUGGACCCAAACGGAGUUCUUCUUAUCUUGACGCCGUUAAUAUUCAUCAGGGAGUUGGAACUGGAAGGCUCUGUGGUGUUUUCGUGAAUGUGAGCUUAUAUGGUUUUGGAAUUGCCUACAUUAUUACUUCAGCUAUCAGCAUGAGAGCAAUCCAAGAAUCAAACUGUCACAUUAAGAACGGGAAUGGUGCAUGUGAGUUUGGGGAUUCAUACUACAUGCUUAUAUUUGGAGUUAUCCAGAUUCUUCUUUCACAGAUACCAAACUUCCAUAACAUUCAGUGGCUUUCGGUUGUCGCGGCGGUUAUGUCCUUCGCUUAUGCCUUCAUAGGAAUGGGGUUCGCCAUCAAGCAAACCGUAGAAAAAGGAUAUGCUGAGGGUACCAUUGAAGGAAUUCCUACUUCUACUGAUGUUCAAAAGAUGUGGCUGGUUGCUCAAGCUCUUGGUGACAUAGCAUUCUCCUAUCCAUUCUCAGUAAUUCUUAUAGAAGUACAGGAUACCUUGAAGUCACCUCCUCCUGAAAACGUAACCAUGAGGAGGGCCUCGCUAAUAGCAGUCAUUAUCACGACGUUUUUCUACCUCUGUUGUGGCUGUGCUGGAUAUGCAGCUUUCGGCAAUGACACACCGGGAAACCUUUUAACAGGGUUUGAAUUUGCAAGGCCUCACUGGCUAGUAGACUUUGCCAAUGCUUGUAUAGUUGUUCAUCUUGUUGGUGCAUAUCAGGUGUAUAGCCAGCCACUCUUCGCCAAUGUUGAGAAUUGGCUUCGGUUCAAAUUCCCGGACAGUGAUUUUGUGAAUCAAACAUAUAACUUGAAACUUCCUUUUCUGCCAGCUUUUCCGUUAAACUUCCUUCGGCUUACUUUCCGAACUGCUUAUGUUGUGUCCACAACCAUCAUUGGGAUGCUCUUUCCCUAUUUCAAUCAGAUCUUGGGGGUUCUUGGUGGCAUAAUCUUUUGGCCAUUAACAAUAUAUUUUCCGGUGGAAAUGUACUUGAGUCAGGGCAACAUUCAACCAUGGACGACGAAGUGGGUCUUGCUUAGAACUUUUAGCAUUGUUUGUUUUGUGGUGGGAAUGUUUACUCUUGUUGGAUCCAUUGAAGGAAUAAUAAGUGCAAAAUUAAGCUGAGAGAAUCUUUCCCCAAAAUUGGAAAUCUUGAAUUAUAUUAUGGAAAUGUCCUCUUUUUUCCCCUUAGUUUUUAUAUUAAAAAAACAAGUCAUUAGACAUAGGACUAGAAAGCAUAAAGCAUUAUGCUUAGAGAGAGUAUUGAAUUGAAGGUUUUGAUGCUUUUGUCUCAUUAAUAUGUAUGAUUGAGCUGCUGGAACUUAAAAUUACAUUGUUUUUUUUAGAUUGGUCUUCGGAAACUAGUUAGUUUCAUCUGUAAUACUGAAAGAUAGAUAUAAGAUGCAUUUUUUUUAUGUGA